AUGGACGCUGUGAAGCGCUUCUUUUCGUCCCCGCGAUUCGCUGUGGCCGGCGCCAGCAACGACAGUCGCAAGUUCGGCUAUAAAAGUAAACAAACCCUGGCCUCUUCUUUUCUGGCCUGGUAUCACCAGCACUCGCUGCCAGUCACUCCUAUUAAUCCCCGGGCCGACAGCAUUGACCUGCCUUCGCACAAAUAUGCGACCGUGUCUUCACCCUCUGCCCUGCCCGAACCCUCGCAGACUUCUCUCUCCCUCGUCACGCCGCCGCCCGUCACGCUGGAGCUCCUGAAGGAGGCGCAUCAAGCCGGCAUCCCGGCUGUCUGGCUGCAGCCGGGCACCUUCGACGACGAAGUGCUCAACUACGCCCGCUCCCACUUUGAGGCUGCCAUCGGUGGUGAAGGUGGCCGGGGCAGCGAGGGCUGGAGUCGACUGCGAACAGGGGCCCUGCCAGGCCCUAUAAUGGCCGACAUGCCUGGUUCCUUUCUCAGCGGCGACGCGCCCUUCCGUGUUUCUUCCCAGCUCUUCCAGCCACCUCGGACGCCUUCUGCCUCUUCCUCUCUUUUUCUGUCUCACGAUAACGCCUCUGCCCGCAAGCGCCUGCGUCGGGAUGGCCCAGAGGACCGAUCCUUCUUAGACCCCGUGUCGUCGGGCGAGCUGGGCAGCCCGGCGCCCUUGGUCAACACCGACUACCGUCUAGCUGGGGGACUGGAGGAGACGAGACAUCUCGAGACCGACGAGAACCAAGAUGCCAUGGAGGAGGAGCUGGAUUACCGACCGAAUCGAUAUCGCGAUCCCACGGUAUUGCAGGCAAGGGAGGAGCACGAGGAGAACAGCUACAAUGACCAAAACAAUGGGCGCGGAAAUCGCAAACGCAGCCACAGCGUAUCAGAAGAGACGAACAAAGCAGAAUCGCCGUACAGGGGCUGGGGUCGAGCUGUUUUCAACGUCGUGGGCAAGGUCUGGGAUUUUUGCUGGUCGAGCGCUUUUCGUGGUUUCUAUGCCGGUGGAGGUCAGUCAUAUCGUAUGACGGCCAACUCGCCGCCGACCUUGGACCAGAGUUCCUGGCAAAUGGUGUCUCGCCAGGACGAUGUCUUUGGUCCUGAUUCCCAGUCUCCCAACCCUAUUCCCGGAGACUUCCCGGCCGACGAAGACGAAGAUUACGAGAAGGCACGCGAUCAGGAUCUCCGCGCCAGCUGGGUGCUGGUCCCUGACGGGAAACAACAUCUCUCCUCUCGAAGCAGCAGUCCCACCAAUACGGCACGCAGGGUUCCGCGAAGGGGUAGUGCCUGGCGUGCUCAGCCUCGCCGGUCCACCGGCAUGCCUCGGUUGAGCAGGAGAUCCGUUCUCAAUCCCACGCGGACGUCGAUGACGAUAUCCGCGCGGCCGGGUACUCCAACAAAGAGCCAGUUCACACCAUCGCGGCCAUCGUCCAAGGACAGUCCGGCUUCGCUUGAAGCCCAACGGUUAGCAGCCAAGGUGCGUCGCCGCGAGCGCGAGGAGGACGCCAGUAUUCGGCGACUGAACGACCAGCUCAAGGCUAUGAUCCGCGAGGGACGAGAAGCGUUGGGGACACGGGUGGAAAUCGACGAGUCGAUAGACUUGGAUGAUGACUGA